UCUCUUUGUUGAUACCGCUGCUGUAUUGACUUCUCGUGGAUGCUGAGAGCAUCUACAGUAGCAGCACUGAGGAAUUUCACAGAAUCACCUCGAGCUUUUCCCUUCAUUUCCGGUACUGAAUUUUACAUAAGGAUGGGAAUUUGGGAAUAUACUCUUUACUUCGCCACCACAGCGUGCUUAUGGAGUGUGUCACUACAGGGUGAACAUCAGCGAAGACUCUACAGAGACCUGAUGAAAGAUUAUAAUCCACUGGAGCGACCCGUAUUCAAUGACACGCACUCUCUCACUGUCUAUUUCAGCUUCAGUCUCAUGCAGAUUAUGGACGUGGAUGAGAAGAAUCAAGUUCUUACAACUAACAUUUGGUUACAGCUGUACUGGUAUGAUUAUUAUCUACAGUGGAACACAUCAGAAUAUCCCGGUGUGGCGAGUGUCCGAUUCCCUGACAGCCAGAUUUGGAAACCUGACAUCUUACUGUAUAACAGUGCUGAUGAACGGUUUGAUGCCACUUUUCACACCAAUGUUCUGGUGAAUUCUUCAGGUGCCUGCCAAUACCUGCCGCCAGGUAUUUUCAAAAGCACAUGUCACAUUGAUGUCCGCUGGUUUCCCUUUGAUAGUCAGAGGUGCGAUCUAAAAUUCGGCUCAUGGACGUAUGGUGGGUGGUCUCUGGAUCUGCAGAUGAUUGAAGCUGACAUCACUGGAUACAUCGCUAAUGGAGAGUGGGACCUUGUGGAGGUUCCAGGUCGCAGGAAUGAGAAGUUUUAUGACUGCUGUAAGGAGCCGUAUCCCGAUGUGACGUUUACAGUAGUUAUGCGCAGACGGACGCUGUACUACGGUCUGAAUCUUCUCAUCCCCUGUGUGCUCAUCUCUACUCUCGCCCUGCUGGUCUUUCUGUUGCCUGCUGACUCCGGAGAGAAGAUCUCUCUUGGGAUCACAGUUCUGCUCUCAUUGACGGUUUUUAUGCUUCUGGUAGCAGAGAUAAUGCCAGCAACAUCAGACUCUGUGCCUUUAAUCGCUCAGUAUUUUGCCACCACCAUGGUUAUUGUGGGGCUGUCUGUGAUCGCCACAGUCUGGGUACUGCAGUAUCAUUACCACGAUCCUGAUGGAGGAAAGAUGCCAACAUGGACCCGCGUGGUGCUGUUGAACUGGUGCGCGUGGUUCUUGAGGAUGAAGAGACCCGGUGAGGACAGAGUUCGCUCGGCCUGCCACAAUAAACAGCCACGCGUCAGUCUGUCCAGCGUGGAUCUAAACAUCAGCACCGGAGCGGCACAAUCCACCAACGGAAACCUGCUGUACAUCGGCUUCCGUGGCAUGGACACGAUUCACUACGCCACUUCGCCGGACUCCGGGGUCAUCUGCAGCCGACUCAUGGGCGCAGGUGAGGAGGACGUGUUGCUUCCCGGGACCCAGGCGCCCUCUGUUAGCAGCGGUCCUGGCGAUUCUGAACUGUCCAAAAUCUUGGAUGAGGUUCGGUACAUAGCCAAGCGCUUCAAGGACCAGGACGAGGAAGAGACUUUGUGCAACGAGUGGAAGUUUGCUGCCUCUGUCAUCGAUCGUCUUUGUCUCAUGGCGUUUUCCAUGUUCACCAUCCUCUGUACCAUCGGGAUCUUAAUGUCUGCUCCUAAUUUCGUAGAGGCCAUAUCUAAGGAUUUCUUUACUUGAGGAAUUUUUACACUUUAAAUGUUGUUUUUUUAAUUCUUGAAGCCUCUUAAAGUGACCAUUCACCCAAACCAAAAAUUUUUAUUUUAUUAGAUUGUCAUGAUUUUGGGGUGAACUGUUCCUUUAAGUGUUACUAAAUUCAGUAGCAAAUUGUAACUCUCUAAAACUGUUGUAGAGAGGUCAGAUUAAAUAUGAAGCAGAAGGAUGUAUACUUUUAGGAUGUUUACUGUCCCAGUUUAGUAUGCGAAGUCUAUUCAUUUGUAGUCAUUUGCAUGUUGAUUCGUCCAAAAGAUGGAUGCAGUAUGAAUACAUUUUGGACAUACAUGCAGUGGUUUUUUUUGCCAUGUGACCUUUGACCUAUGAUGUAAUCAGAACAGUCGCAAUCUUAAUUUACAUAUGUGUUAUCGUCUACGUGAAGGUCGGGACAAGACCCACCCAUUUUUAAGACCAAUGAUAUUGGACCCACUCACUUUUUCUCAAAUGUAGCACAUAUGUCUGUUCACUUGUCAAUCAAAUCCAUUCCACUAGAGGAAUUCCCUAAUACAUUAAACUCCAUUCCACGUUUUAGCUACAGCCUUGACUUCCUCCUCUAAUCCAUUCCACUUGGCUCAUUCAGAGUCCGUAUAAAUUAAACUCCAUUUUGUGUUUUCACUACUUUUACAUCCUGAAUUCACGCGACAUGGCAAGGCAAACAAAGCUUUUAGGCUAUUAAAGGUAUAGUGUGUAACUUUAAGAAGGAUCUCUUGACAGAAACGCAAUAUAAUAUACAUAAAGAUAUUAUCAGUUGUAUAUAAAGACCUUAAAUAAUGAACUGUUAUGUUUUUAUUACCUUAGAAUGAGACGUUUUUAUCUACAUACACUGCGGGACCUCUUACAUGGAAGUCGCCAUUUUGUGCCGCCAUUUUACUAUAAGAGCCCUAAAAUAGCAGUUUUGUCACUAGUGUAUUUUGUCUUAGAUGACAACAUGUUUGUCCUGUGAAGGCUACCGUAGCUUCUCUUUGCGUUUUGGUGAACGGUGGACUGAGCGGUUGGUUGCAAUUCACAAUCUCAUUGCUAGAUGCCGCUACAAUCUACACACUGCACCUUUAAAGCAAAUGUUUAAUUAAAAUGCUCCAAAAUACAAGAAAAUGGCAUGUACUCCAGUAAAUGUUUUGGACACAACGGUUUUUUGUUUUUUUGUUUGCUUCCGACGCUCAUGGUUGUCUAUAAUUAAAUCACAAGAGAUACAAUUAUUUUUACCUACAUUGCUUAAAAAGCCGCCCAAUUCAUAGAUUUCAGGUAUUUUUAUUUAUAUGAGUUUUUUUCAAAUUUGGUGUCUGCUCAGCUCGCGUGGCCUUUUGGGAUAGUAAAUUAUCCCUAAUAUGCACACUUAAAAAUCUGUCCGGAAGUAGUAUGUCAUCCGGGUACUUUUCCCCUAAUUCAGACAUCGCCUCUCAUACUGAUUUUUGCCAACUAUAUAUAGGAUGGAAGUAGGUGAUUUAGGAUGCAGCUUCAUUUAUGUACUAGUGACUGCAUGUAGUGUAAUUGUCAUUAUCUACACUGAUUAAUUAAACCACUUUCUAAAU